AUGAUCCGAGCCGCAAAGCCGCACAAGCCAACCAAGAAGCCGAGCAAGAAGCCUCACACCAAGAAGCCAAACGUCCACGAUGGCGUCGCGCAGAAGGUCUGGGAGCAGUGCGGUGGCAAGGACUACACGGGCAACACCCAGUGCACCGCAGGAAACAAGUGCCACAAGUUUGACGCGUGGUACUCGCAGUGCGUUCCGUUGACGUCCAAGUACUAAAGAAUAAAUGAUUUGCGACACUAUUGUGCUCUAUAUAACCGUCUGG